GUUUUUCUCAUUUCUCCUGGUGUUAUUUGCAUACCUGUUUUCUUCCACUAUACAUUACACUGAUAACUUUCCUCAAGUGCCUGCAAUAUAUCUGGGGCGUGUAGAUCAUUUUAAUGAUUCGAAUUACGUUAUUGCAUUUGCACCCGAAUCCAAAACUACCCAGGAGAUCAUGAGCAAAGUAGCAUCAGCCCCAUUUAUGAAAGGAAGGACAAUCACGGGGUGGCCUGAUGAGGAAAGCAUGAAUGCAUUGAAUUUAAACUAUUCUAUAGAUGCAGUGAGAGUCAUCUUUAACGAUAACUUCUCAUAUCACUUAAAGUUUAUCUGGGGAGGUAGAAUCCCCAGGAUCAAGGAAUACAGAGACCAUUCAGCUCAUUGUCACACAACAAAUGAAAAAGUCGCCUGUGAAGGUUCACUGUUCUGGAAAAAAGGCUUUAUAGCUUUUCAAGCUGCCAUUAAUGCCGCUAUCAUAGAAAUCACAACAAAUCACUCGGUGAUGGAAGAGCUCAUGUCAGUCACUGGUUUAAAUAUGAAGAUAUUACCUUUUGUUGCCCAAGCAGGGGUUGGGACCGAUAUUUUCAUUUUCUUCUGCAUUAUUUCUUUUUCUACAUUCAUCUACUAUGUAUCAGUCAAUGUUGCCAAAGAAAGACAAUACAUUAAGUCAUUGAUGACCAUGAUGGGACUUCGAGAGUUAGCAUUCUGGCUCUCCUGGAGUGUGAUGUAUGCUGGCUUCAUCUUUAUUAUGGCAAUUCUGAUGGCUCUUGUUGUAACAUCUACCCGUGUUGUCGUCCUCACUAGCUUUGUGGUGGUCUUCAUGCUCAUUCUCCUCUAUGGCUUGUCUUUGAUAACUUUAGCUUUCAUGAUGAGCGUCCUGAUAAAGAAACCAUUCCUUACCAGCUUUGUCGUCUUUCUGCUCACGGUCGUUUGGGGGAGCCUGGGUUUCACUGCGUUGUAUAGGCAUCUCCCUGCCUUUUUGGAAUGGACCUUGUGUCUUCUUAGCCCCUUUGCUUUCACUGUCGGAAUGUCCCAGCUUAUACAUUUGGACUAUGAUGUGAAUGCUAACACCCAUUUGGACUCUUCAAGCAACCCAAACCUAAUAAUAGCUACUUGUUUCAUGUUGGUUUUUGAUACUUUUCUCUAUUUGGCAUUGACAUUAUAUUUUGACAAAGUUUUGCCCACUGAACAUGGACGUCGACAUUCUCCCUGGUUUUUCCUAAAACCCUCUUUUUGGUUUCAACACCAAAGAGCUGACCACGUGGCCCUUGAGAAUGAAAUAGAUUCAGAUUCUUCAUCUAAUGACUCUUUUGAACCCGUGUCUCCAGAAUUCUAUGGGAAAGAAGCCAUCAGAAUAAAAAAUCUUAAAAAGGAAUAUAAAAAAGGGAAGCAUGAAAAAGUAGAAGCUUUGAAAGGUCUGGUAUUUGACAUAUAUGAAGGCCAGAUCACUGCGCUUCUUGGUCACAGUGGAGCUGGGAAAACGACCCUGUUAAACAUACUCAGUGGAUUGUCGGACCCCACAUCAGGUUCGGUCACCAUCUACAACCACUCACUUUCAGAAACGGCUGACUUGGAGACUAUCUGCAUGCUCACUGGAGUCUGCCCGCAAUCCAAUGUGCAAUUCGGCUUCCUGACAGUGAGGGAGAACCUCAGGCUCUUUGCCAAAAUAAAAGGGAUCCAGCCACAGGAAGUGGAACGAGAGGUACAACAAGUGUUACAGGACUUGGAAAUGGAAAAUAUUCAAGACAUUCUUGCUCAAAAUUUAAGCGGUGGACAAAAAAGGAAACUAACUUUUGGAAUUGCCAUUUUAGGAGAUCCCCAGAUUUUGCUACUGGAUGAGCCAACCGCUGGAUCAGAUCCUCUCUCAAGGCACCGUGUGUGGAACCUUCUUAAAGAGAGGAAAUCAAACAGAGUCAUCCUCUUCAGCACCCAGUUCAUGGAUGAGGCUGACAUCCUGGCUGGUGAUGACGAGCACAUACUACAAUUAUUUGUAGAGAUAGUGUUCGAGAAAAAUAAUUUAAAUUUACUCUUUUUAAAUGUUAGUUUGCAUUUGAAUGAAAUGUGUGAUCCAGACAAUAUAACAUCGCUUGUUAAACAGCACAUCCCUGAUGCCAAAUUAACAGCACAAAGUGAAGAAAAGCUUGUAUAUAUUUUGCCUUUGGAAAGGACAAACAAAUUCCCAGACCUUUAUAGGGAUCUUGAUAGAUGGUCUUAUCAAGGCAUUGAGAAUUACGGUGUUUCCAUGACAACUUUGAAUGAGGUGUUCUUGAAGCUAGAAGGAAAAUCAGCUAUUGAUGAAUCAGAUAUUGGAAUUUGGACACAGUUACAAAGUGAUAGGACAAAAGACACAGGAGGCCUUGUUGAGCUAGAACAAGUUUUGUCUUCCUUUAAUGAGACAAAGGAAACAGCCAGCGGCAUGGCUCUCUGGAGGCAGCAGACCUGUGCCAUAGCGAAAGUUCGCUUCCUGAAGUUAAAGAAUGAAAAAAAAACUCUGAUGGCCAUAUUACUGCUUUUGUGCAUUAGCCUUUUCCCUCAGCUUUUGGAAUAUCUAUUCUAUGAGAUAUAUCGGCAGAGUUAUUCUUGGGGACUGUCUCCCAAUAUGUACUUCCUCUCACCAGGACAACCGCCUCAAGCUCCUCUGACACACUUACUGGUCAUCAAUAAAACAGGGUCGAGCAUUGAAAACUUUAUACAUUCACUGAGGCAGCAGAACAUAGCUUUGGAAGUGGAUGCGUUUGGAAUUCGACGUGGUGCCAACGAGCCAUCAUACAACGGUGCUAUCACGGUGUUAGGCGAUGACAAGCACCAGAAAUUUUCAAUAGCAUGCAAUACCAAAAGGCUGAAUUGCUUCCCUGUCCUCAUGGACAUCAUUAGCAAUGGGCUGCUUGGAGUUUUUAAUUCUUCAGAACACAUCCAGACAGACAGAAGCACGUAUUUUGAAGAGUCCAUGUCUGAGGAGUAUGAGUCCAUGGGCAAUCCCUUCCUCUGGAUACCUGGGGCGGCCUGCUUUACUCCGUUCAUUGCCAUGAGCAGCAUCAGUGACUAUAAAAAAAAAGCUCACUCCCAGCUCCGGAUCUCAGGCCUCCACCCUUCCGCUUACUGGUUUGGGCAGGCGUUGGUGGACGUCCCACUGUACUUCUUGAUCCUCCUUGUGAUGCAAAUAAUGGAUUACAUUUUUAACCCAGAGGAAAUGAUAGUUAUAAUCCAAAACUUGUUGAUUCAGAUCCUGUGUAGUAUUGGAUAUGUCACAUCUCUUAUUUUCUUCACAUAUGUGAUUUCAUUCAUUUUUCGCAAUGGGAGGAAAAAUAGUGGCCUUUGGUCAUUUUUCUUCUUAAUUGUCACCAUCUUCUCGAUAGUUUCUAUUGAAAUAACUAAUUAUGGAUUUCUAGGGCUGUUAAUCUGCACUAUAUUGAUCCCGCCUUUCACACUGAUUGGCUCUCUAUUAAUUUUCUCAGAGGGUUCUCCUGACUUGGUGGAAUAUUUAGGAGCUUCAGAGGAGUAUCUGCCGUAUCUGGCAUUGCUGAUACCUUACCUUCAAUCUUUCAUUUUCCUUUUCAUUCUACGGUGUCUGGAAACGAACUUUAGGAAGAAACUGAUGAGAAAGGAUCCUAUAUUCAGAAUUUCACCAAGAAGCAGUAAGUUUUUUCCAAACCCAGAGGACCCGGAAGGGGAGGAUGAAGACGUUCAGAUGGAAAGAAUGAGAACAGCGAAUGCUGUGACGAUUCCGGACUCUGAUGAGAAACCAGUCAUCAUCGCCAGUUGUCUCCGGAAGGAAUAUGUAGGCAAAAAGAAAAACUGCUUUGCCAAGAAGAAGAAGAAGAAAGUUGCCACAAGAAAUGUCUCUUUCUGUGUUAAAAAAGGUGAAGUUAUAGGUCUGUUAGGACACAAUGGAGCUGGUAAAAGUACAACUAUUAAGAUGAUAACUGGAGACUCAACACCAACCGCAGGAGAGGUGAUUUUGAAAAGGAACAGUGGAGGAGACGCCCUCAAGUUCCUAGGGUACUGCCCUCAGGAGAAUGCGCUGUGGCCCAACUUGACAGUGAGGGAGCACCUGGACGUGUUCGCAGCUGUGAAAGGGCUGAGGAAAGUGGACGCCGCAGUCGCCAUCACACGGUACCUGUGGGAAGACACACCUGUCCGGGUUGUGCUCUUACAGCCCAGAGUUCAGCCUCACACUUUUCCUUCCAGGUACUCCUCCCUGAUGGUCUAUAAGUUGCCUGUUGAGGAUGUGAGACCUUUAUCGCAGGCUUUCUUCAAAUUAGAGAUCGGUAAGAGCAACUAUUUAGAGGUAAGACUCUGGGAAACAGCCCUAACCAAGUCAUUCUUGCAUACAAUCAGAUUGCUUUGGGCUAAUGCAAAUUCCAGCAAGGAGCAGGAGCUGGAGGACUGUGCUGAGGAAGUUGAUCUCUCUGUGAGGUGGAAGCUCCUCCAGCAGGAAGAGCCCUAAAGCCCCAAAUACCCUGCAUUGCCCUUUAGGCCUGUGCCUCUUCUUAAGUUAACAUUUUAUAGCAUGUGAUACCUUAUCUCAGACGCGGAUAAGGUACUUUUGAAAUGAACGUUAUGAUUUUUUUCUCAAUAAUAUCACUUACGGUGGAACUAAAGAAGCCAGGCCAUGCAGCCUCUGGACCAGCAGCCAAAUUCCUUAUUUCAUGCAACAGCAAACACAAAGAAUACAUUUAUUACAUUAUUGUUUAUGUUUAUGAGGAUGGUGCAGGGAUUGCUUAAUUUUUUUCUCUAAAUUUUAAAAUAUGGGAUUUUUAAAAUCUUUUUUAUUACAACACAAAUUGAGAUGAUGCUGAUUAUAGGGGAAAGGGAGUCAGUUGAUUACAUGGCAGUACAGUCUUUGCUUUUUGUAAUUCACUUUUAUUCUCUUUUUUUACUUAAUUCACUGAUUUUCCUUUCCUGGAAUUUUUAUGAUUUUAGAUUUUAGAGUCUGUGUUUUGCCUAUUGUAACUAUUAAGGAAAUUUGAAACCCAUUAAGAUAAAUAAUUGCAGUAAAAUAUUGAGUAAUCAAGUUGAUGAAAAUAUACAUACAUUUACAUAAAAAUUUGAAAAAUAUUUUCGAUUUUAUGUUGUCUUUUGAUGCCAGGAUCCACCCUGAUGCAAACCAUUAGAACUUGAUAGAUCUUAAUUUCCCAUGCCUGUACCUGUUGUGAUUUAUUCAACUGAUAAUUCCAUAAACACCUUAAAAUCAACAGGAUAUACUUAUACACUCAUAUGAGGUUUUAUUGUUGUUGUUGUUGCUACUUUCAUAGUUGCUAAAUCACUGAGUUUAUGGUAAUUUUUUAUGCAGCAAUUAAAGUGUGAUGCAGGUAUAUAAAUAAAGUCAUAUUUAGAGAA